AUGUCCUCGACGAUUCCGUGGUACUGCCGCUACGGCGUUCACGGCGACUUCACCAAGGAGGUAAACGUGGACGGCACUGUCGUCUAUCGUACUCGUGAGCAACGGUGUGACUGUACGCCACCGCCACUUUGUUCACUUGCCUCGUCUAUGGCGCACCCUCGUCCGCAUCCACCGCAGCGAACGAGCCGGCGUGGCCGCGCCACUGGCAUUGGUCGUGCGUACAUAACGCCACCAUGGCAGGAUGCUCAUGUGCCGUUGCCCCUUUCUGCAGCACCUCGUCCCCCUGGCGAGGUGGACGACAUGCGCCUCCACGUCUUGGUGCCGCCGCUGGCGUUGGACAGCGCUGUCGGCGACUUCUAUGCGGGCUAUGUAUCGUCCACAUCGCAUGACAUCGCGGCAGCUUUGCCGUUCAUCCCGGUCAUCCAGGCUCAAUCCACCCUGGCAGGGGUAGUGCCGUUCACGGCGGUUGGCGACCCUCCCUCUGCUGCCACAGGGCCUCUCGGCGUGGGCGGAUGCAGUGAUAUGCUGCCGGGGACCACUUCACCUGCUCCACCGCUGCUGCAGCAGGGCCUACUGUCGCCAUCGGUUCCUCCGCUAGCAGCUGCUGUUGCUGCUCCCUUACCAGUCUGCACCACCGAAAGUCAUACUGUGGAUCGGCUCUGUGGCUUUGUGUUCUGCCCGACGUGCGGCCAACGUGUCGCAGCGGCCGCUCCGGGCACUUCAGAGGCGGCGCAGCCCACGCCUGCGACGUGUCCGAUGGGGCCGCACGUGGCACUUGAUGGGGAACGCGGCACUCAAGCCCAAGGCGCUACUUUGGUGGGUCGUUUCUGCUUCCUCUGCGGCACUGACAAGCAGGCGCCCACUUGCGUAGCCGAAGCGUCCGUGCUGCCGCCGUCGCCAUCACGACAGCAGCCGCCACUGGCCGCCACCGAAGGCCACACGAUCAACGCCCCCACAAGGGAUGAGGCGGGUGCCAGUCAUACACUGUCGCCUCCGGCUGCAGGUGGGAAUCCCGCUGCUGCGACAUCAGCAACCACCACCACACCACCACCAGUGCCGACCGACGCCCGAGCUGCGCCCCCAGACCUUCACCUUGCACAGGAUAUGCUCACUGUGGACGAAUUGAUAUCGCACCUGCUAUCCAAUGCAGCCGAUAAUGACGGGAAAUUGCGGCCCCCGUGCGGGCUGCCACAGUGCCGCCUGUGCGAUCCGUCCGCAGCGGCGCCGUCAGCCAACCCCUCGGCGUGGACGUUCCCACCAUGGCGCUGCGGAUUGUGGGGAACGGCACCGGUAAUGUGCGGCAGCCCCGCCGUGGCCAUCAUCCACCAUCACUAUGCCAAGUAG